UGUACUCUGUGUUUAAUCGAUAACGAAUGUUUUUUAAGGGUGGGUAGCAGUAUUAUAAGUGUUGGUUAUCUUGGUAGAAAAAAACUUGCUUCGUUAACACUAUGGCUGGUAAAGGUAAGAAAAAGAAAGGCAAGGCGAAAAAUGGAGACAAGAAAAAAACGGUGAAAACGAAGAAGGGAGGUCGUAAAGGUGGAAGAGCGAAAAGUUCAAGGUGUACCGUGGAUAUUUUCACUGAAGCAGCAAUGGAAAAUGCGUAUACGAUUUGUCACAAUGUUCAAGAUUUACUUAAAUCAAGAGGGUUUCCUUGGCCCGACGCCCAAAAGAAAAAGAAAAAAGGGAAGAAGUAAUGGGUGUGUAAACUGAUUGAUAAAUUGUAUCUACUACUA